AUGAACCCGUUCAGUCUCCGCUACGCCGAACCCGUCGACUUCAUGAUAUGCCAAUGGCAAUUCGACAAGACCAAACCCAACGUCAAGUACCUGCUCUAUCGCACGUCGGUGAUGCUCCUCUUCGUCACCACCUGGAUCCUAUCGCUCGUCGACGACGAAUUCAACCAGAAAUGGGCCAUCUACGUCACCAACUGGGGCUACACCAUAUGCACCGUCGAGGUGACCCUCGUAUGGGCGAUGCUCGUCGCCUGGACCUGGUCGCAUCGCACCAAUCGCGAGGUCUACAAAACCAACGCCCUGAAGCUCUACCCGGUCUACUAUCUACUCUACACGCUGGCGACGCCGCUCGCCUUCGGCAUCACCACCAUCUACUGGACGGACUACUGGCCGCGUCCUCUACUGCUGCUCGACUUCCUGCGGCACGGCAACAACUCCAUCGUGAUGCUGGUGGAUCUGUGGCUGGUCUCGCACCGGUUGCGCUACGUCCACGUGGUCUACCCGCUGUUGCUCGGCGUGGUCUACUCGCUGUUCUCGUACGUUUAUUACGCGCUGGGCGGCACCAACAGGGAGCACUCGCCGUGCAUCUACGGGCGAUUGAAUUGGGCCGAGCACCCGUACAGGACGGCCCUGAUUUGCUUGGGCAUCGAUUCGUUCUUGGGCACGUUGCACCUGGUGGUGGUGCUGUCGUCGCGGUUCCGCCGGAAGAUCGAAGGGACGUGCAAGUUGUUUUACGCCGGACACGAUGAGUUGGUGGUUACGUGA